GGAGGCGCCAUUUCACGCCCCUCAGCAGCAGCACCACCGAGUCGGUCAGUGACAGCCAGUCAGUCAUCGGAGCGGCGGGCUGUCACCUCAUCGUCGGUGGGCCGCGCGUCGACUCGCGUCAGCCGGCCUCGUCGCGUUUCCCUUCCCGCUUCUAAAGCGAUGGACAGGCCUGUCCUGUCACGAGCGGCUCCGUCUAAAGCCUGGGCAGUGUUUGACAGCUAAUGCUAUGUGAGCUCGUCUUUUGGGGAAACGGAUCCCGUCCCUGACGCUGGGGGUGGGAGACUUAAAAAAACAAAACAAAACAAAACCAAAAAUCAGCUCCUACCGCCGCCUGAUCGCUCUCCCGUCAUCCGUCUGCUUCGAAUCGAGGACCCAAUUUAGCUCCAUUGGCAACGGAUGUCCUAGAGAACGGAUGCGUGAGGACAUGUCCGGCGUGGUGUGCGUGAAGGCGGAGGAGGAGCCCGGCGAGAAGCUGUCCCAGGAUGAGAUCAUCUCGCGCACCAAGCAGGUGAUCCAGGGCCUGGACGCCCUGAAGCAGGAGCACCGCUCCAUCCUGGACGGCCUGCUGGGCACGCUGCGCUGCCUCAAGCGGGACGAGGAGGGCGUGCUGGCGGAGGAGAAGUCGCGCAUGAUCCGCAAGUCCCUGGAGAUGCUGGAGCUGGGCCUGAGCGAGGCCCAGGUCAUGAUGGCCCUGUCCGGCCACCUGAGCUCGGUGGAGUCGGAGAAGCAGAAGCUGCGGGCCCAGGUGCGCCGCCUGUGCCAGGAGAACCAGUGGCUGCGGGACGAGCUGGCCGGCACCCAGCAGAAGCUGCAGAAGAGCGAGCAGAGCGUGGCGCAGCUGGAGGAGGAGAAGAAGCACCUGGAGUUCAUGAACCAGCUCAAGAAGUACGACGAGGACCUCUCCCCCUCGGAGGAGAAGGACUCGGAGUCCAGCAAGGAGACUCUGGAUGAUCUCUUCCCUGAUGAUCAUGACGACCAAGCGCAAGGCAUCCGGCCGGCCCACGGCGGCGCGGCGGCGGCCGCCGCCCGGCAGGGCGGCUACGAGAUCCCGGCCCGCCUGCGGACCCUCCACAACCUGGUGAUCCAGUACGCCUCGCAGGGCCGCUACGAGGUGGCCGUGCCGCUCUGCAAGCAGGCCCUGGAGGACCUGGAGAAGACGUCGGGCCACGACCACCCCGACGUGGCCACCAUGCUCAACAUCCUGGCCCUCGUCUACAGGGAUCAGAACAAGUACAAGGAGGCGGCCAACCUGCUGAAUGACGCUCUGGCCAUCAGGGAGAAGACGCUGGGCCGGGACCACCCUGCUGUGGCCGCCACCCUCAACAACCUGGCGGUGCUGUACGGCAAGAGGGGCAAGUACAAAGAGGCGGAACCGCUGUGCAAGAGAGCGCUGGAGAUAAGAGAGAAGGUGCUGGGCAAGGACCACCCGGACGUGGCCAAGCAGCUCAACAACCUGGCCCUGCUGUGUCAGAACCAGGGCAAGUACGAGGAGGUGGAGUACUACUACAUGCGAGCGCUGGAGAUCUACCAGACCAAACUGGGGCCGGACGACCCCAACGUGGCCAAAACCAAAAACAACCUGGCCUCCUGUUACCUCAAGCAAGGCAAGUUCAAGCAGGCGGAGACGCUCUACAAAGAAAUCCUCACACGAGCCCACGAGAGGGAGUUUGGCUCUGUUGACGGCGAGAACAAACCCAUUUGGAUGCACGCCGAGGAGAGGGAGGAACAAAGCAAGGGCAAGCAGAAGGACGGCUCACCUUUCGGAGAGUACGGAGGCUGGUAUAAAGCUUGUAAAGUCGCCAGCCCCACCGUCACCACCACGCUGAAGAAUCUGGGCGCGCUCUACAAGCGGCAGGGCAAGUUCGAGGCGGCCGAGACCCUGGAGGAGGCCGCCGUGCGUUCCAGGAAGCAGGGUCUGGACACGGCGCACAGGCAGCGCCUGGCCGACGUGCUGGGCGAGCCGGAGGCCCGCGAGAAGCAGCGCAGCCGCGAGAGCUUGACCUCAGACACGGUCAAGUACGAGAGCGGGCCCGACGGCGGCGAGGAAGUGAGUAUGAGCGUGGAGUGGAACGGGGACGGCUCCGGCGCUCUGAAGCGUAGCGGCUCCUUCGGAAAACUGCGAGCGUCGCUUCGUCGCAGCAGCGAGAAGUUGGUGCGCAAGCUCAAAGGCGGCGGAAGCGGCGGCGAGCCCAAAAACGCCGGCUUGAAGCGGGCCAGCUCGCUCGGGGUUCUCGACGUGGCCCAGGAGGCGACGCUCGGUCAGCGCGACUACCAAGAACGAAAUCCUCGUCUGAAGAAGAGCCGCGACCUGAGCGCCAGCCGCACCGACCUGGCGCGUUGACGGGCACCACGACGACGACGCAGACGUAGCGCCCCUCGUCCUUGUAAAUACCGUACGUCUUUCCCGCUCCGAUUGGAUCGGACGUGAGCCGACGCGCCCGCUGUCCGAGUCUCCAAAACGUCUCGCGGUCUCGGAACUCACGCUCGAUGUCGUAGUAGUCCGGCGCGCCUUAGGAUGAAAAAGGUUCGAUUGUUUUUGAAGCACGGCCGUGUUCAAUUGCAGUUGUUGAAACUUUCUGUGAACGACGAUUGUCGGCCGGCGGCCGCACGGAGACGACGGACGCGCUCGUUCUCGACUCCGACUCUCGCGCGCUGACAUGUUUGUUAACUUACAGGAGAAAAGUGAUUUUUUUGGUUUGUUUUGGGUUUUUUCAACCCGGGAAAUAGGUGUCACAUACGAGAGAAAAGCUUUACAUUUACAGCAUGGACAAAGUCGGCAUUUUGAAGACUCCAAAUUGCAACAGCCAGCGUAAAACAAAAAGUCGCUUCGACAAUUUGUCGUUUUGUGUAUUACACGUGAAUCAAAAUCAUGCUCAUGACAGAAAAGUUGGGAUUUCAUCAGGAAAAGUUGGAAUUAUAUUUUCAUAAAAGAGAAACAAAACUUUUCUGUCAUUUUCUGGAGAAAGUUUGUACUUUACGUGAAAAGAAGUCGUCAUUUUACAACUCCAAAUUUCAACCACCGCGGUCAAACUAUUACAAGAAAAAGGUGGGAUUUUACAUGAAAAAGUCUGAAUUUUACAGGACAAAAAGGACACUCGUGACAACAAAUUGGAAAUGUUUGAAUUUGACGUCAAAAGUUGGGAUAUUUCAACUCCAAAUGACAAAUGUGCACAGCGCGUGAAAAAUGUUGGCAUAUUACAUAUUCGAUGAAAGAUUGUGCACAUCCUUGUGGGUAGAGUUCGCACUCGGCGGCGCCGCCAACGUGCUCGUCCGCGUCUGCUGGCGCUUCGGGGCCGGCGGGCGGGCGCAACCCCGCCUUUCGCCCCAACUCAGCUGGGAUGGCGACCAGUCACCGCGGUUGCUUGCUUGCUUGCAUCACAACAAGGUUUUUGCCCCAAAAAAAAAAAAAAAUUGGCGGGGGGCAAAAAAAUUCAAAUUCAUUCAAAAUUCAUUCAUUUUUGUCAUUCAAAAUGACAAAAAAGUUGGAAUAUUACAAAAGUUGUGUUUUUACAUCAAAAGAGAGUUCAGAUUUUACCAGAAGAAACAUCUUAUUAUGUCAGAAAAAGGUUGUCAUUUUAAAAAUAAAAACUUGGGAAUUUUAUGAUAAAAAGUUGUCAUUUUGCAUGAAAAAAAAAAACCCAACCCACUUUUACGGACAAAAAAAGUGCAUACUUCUAUGAUCAAAAUUUCAUUUGGGAAUAGAAAAAAAUCUGCCGAUUUAGAUAAAGAAAAAAAAAACAACUUGAUUUCAAAGCAUUUUUGAGCGUUUAGUUUACAUUUGGACUUUUGACAAAGGACGAUUGUCGGCCGACUAGAAUGAAGAAGACGAAGACCGCUGACUCGUUACUUUCCGGGAGAAACGUUACGGCGCCGCAAGUCAACUUUGUAUUAUUCUGAGGACGAUUAGCGGAAUGGCUGUUUGUUCUUUCGAUUGUGACGACCGAAAGGCCUUUUUAAGGGCCGCAACAUUCCCGAACACGCAACAAUCAUUUUAGGAGGGAAAAGUCAUCAUUUGACGUUGAAAAAAAUAAAUAAAUAAAUAAAGUCUGCAUUUCACUUGGUGGAAUCUAUAAUUAGACUAGAAAACGUUGUCUGUUGUAAUUUUACACACACAACGAAUGUUUUUAAAGGAAACAAUCAUAAUUUAUGAGAAUUGUUUUUCAAUUUUAUGCGUCAUAUGCUUACACAUUUUUACUUCGUACAAAUGUGUCAUAGGAUCGAGUUUACAUUUUGGAGGACAAGUACAAAUUUUACAAGAAAAGCAUUUUAUGAUGAAGAAAGUUUGUUGAUACAUAAAAGCUUCCAUUUUACAUGAUAAAAACUGUCAUUUUAAGUGUAAAAAUUCUGAACAAAUUGAAAUUUGAGACAGGUGACAAGUCAAAGGUGAAUUCAACCUCAUCAACACGUGUCCAAAAGGCCAACAUAAUGCUUUUAUUAAUAUUUCUCUUGUUUUCCUAAUAGAGAUGUGCAAUAACCCUCAUUUUAUUUGUUUGUAUUAUUUUCAAAAACAAUGUAUAUGCCGGCUGUCAUUCCUAACACUUGCUGUCAUUUCCAAGAUUUGAUAUUAUUAUCUUGUUAUUAUACCUCAUGUAUUGUAAUAUAUAUAUAUAUAUCGAUAUAUCUAGCUCGAUCUCAAAUCUUCAAGUGACUGUUGAUCGGUCUUAUUGGCAUCGACGCACUGACAAGCAGCAGCAGCAGCACCGCGAUGACGUCAUUUCCGCCGUGAAUGUAUUGAAAACGACGGGAAUUCCAUUCAUGUAAAUGAAGUUUGAAUUUCAUAGAACUGCUAAAAGGUUCGCAAGUGGCAAAAAUAAGAAGUGUUGUGCAAAUUGCGAAUGACACGAUUUAGUCACGUGAGGGAAGUUGAAUAAAGUUGUGGUGUUGUUGGACGUGUACUGUUGUGUUUGUUUGGUUAGAAGUCACUACGUGUGCAACCUUUUCCUCUUUGUAAAUGAAGGUCAGAAGUCGUAUGUUUUGUGUCGUAACGGCAACUUUACUAAGUUAACGUUUUUGUUGUUUUAGAGCUAUUACCAAUCCUUUGUGUGGAGUUUGACUUUUUUAGGACCAUUGCAGAUAUCGCAAUUUUCGGAAAAUAGGAAACAUUUUAGGAAGC